AUGGAGGCAGCUCCAUCGAGGAGAGGGUCUGCCAGGUUGGUGGCAUUGGCGUCUGAUGUGCCUCCGAUGCUGAUUAGGCGACCGUAUGGGUCUAUAGCGCCUGGUGGGAAGAAAGCAGGAAGGGGGUUUGUGGGGCGAGAAGGAGAACACAACACAGCAGAGGUGGCCAGGUUGGUGGCAUUGGCGUCUCAUGUGCCUCCGAUGCUGAUUAGGCGACCGUAUGGGUCUAUAGCGCCUGGUGGGAAGAAAGCAGGAAGGGGGUUUGUGGGGCGAGAAGGAGAACACAACACAGCAGAGGUGGCCAGGUUGGUGGCAUUGGCGUCUCAUGUGCCUCCGAUGCUGAUUAGGCGACCGUAUGGGUCUAUAGCGCCUGGUGGGAAGAAAGCAGGAAGGGGGUUUGUGGGGCGAGAAGGAGAACACAACACAGCAGAGGUGGCCAGGUUGGUGGCAUUGGCGUCUGAUGUGCCUCCGAUGCUGAUUAGGCGACCGUAUGGGUCUAUAGCUCCUGGUGGGAAGAAAGCAGGAAGGGGGUUUGUGGGGCGAGAAGGAGAACACAACACAGCAGAGGUGGCCAGGUUGGUGGCAUUGGCGUCUCAUGUGCCUCCGAUGCUGAUUAGGCGACCGUAUGGGUCUAUAGCGCCUGGUGGGAAGAAAGCAGGAAGGGGGUUUGUGGGGCGAGAAGGAGAACACAACACAGCAGAGGUGGCCAGGUUGGUGGCAUUGGCGUCUCAUGUGCCUCCGAUGCUGAUUAGGCGACCGUAUGGGUCUAUAGCGCCUGGUGGGAAGAAAGCAGGAAGGGGGUUUGUGGGGCGAGAAGGAGAACACAACACAGCAGAGGUGGCCAGGUUGGUGGCAUUGGCGUCUCAUGUGCCUCCGAUGCUGAUUAGGCGACCGUAUGGGUCUAUAGCGCCUGGUGGGAAGAAAGCAGGAAGGGGGUUUGUGGGGCGAGAAGGAGAACACAACACAGCAGAGGUGGCCAGGUUGGUGGCAUUGGCGUCUCAUGUGCCUCCGAUGCUGAUUAGGCGACCGUAUGGGUCUAUAGCGCCUGGUGGGCAGCAGGGAGGGGGGUUGAGAGGGGUGAGAAUGAGAUCAGCAGAGGUGGCCAGGUUGGUGGCAAUGGCGUCUGAUGUGCCGCCGAUGCUGAUUAGGCGACCGUAUGAGUCUAUGGCACCUGGAGGGAUGAAAGGCAGAGGCAGGAAAGAACACAGGCUUGAGCGGCGACCGUAUGGGUCUAUAGCGCCUGGUGGGAAGAAAGCAGGAAGGGGGUUUGUGGGGCGAGAAGGAGAACACAACACAGCAGAGGUGGCCAGGUUGGUGGCAUUGGCGUCUCAUGUGCCUCCGAUGCUGAUUAGGCGACCGUAUGGGUCUAUAGCGCCUGGUGGGAAGAAAGCAGGAAGGGGGUUUGUGGGGCGAGAAGGAGAACACAACACAGCAGAGGUGGCCAGGUUGGUGGCAUUGGCGUCUCAUGUGCCUCCGAUGCUGAUUAGGCGACCGUAUGGGUCUAUAGCGCCUGGUGGGAAGAAAGCAGGAAGGGGGUUUGUGGGGCGAGAAGGAGAACACAACACAGCAGAGGUGGCCAGGUUGGUGGCAUUGGCGUCUGAUGUGCCUCCGAUGCUGAUUAGGCGACCGUAUGGGUCUAUAGCGCCUGGUGGGAAGAAAGCAGGAAGGGGGUUUGUGGGGCGAGAAGGAGAACACAACACAGCAGAGGUGGCCAGGUUGGUGGCAUUGGCGUCUCAUGUGCCUCCGAUGCUGAUUAGGCGACCGUAUGGGUCUAUAGCGCCUGGUGGGAAGAAAGCAGGAAGGGGGUUUGUGGGGCGAGAAGGAGAACACAACACAGCAGAGGUGGCCAGGUUGGUGGCAUUGGCGUCUCAUGUGCCUCCGAUGCUGAUUAGGCGACCGUAUGGGUCUAUAGCGCCUGGUGGGAAGAAAGCAGGAAGGGGGUUUGUGGGGCGAGAAGGAUAA